AACCGAGGCGACCACUCAGUAGAUCUUGUUCUGCCAACUGCGUCAGUACUUCGUUGAGCGCACAUUCGAAUUAGCUGGAGCUUUGCGCGGAUCUGUAAUUUUCGCGGUGUUAUUUUUUUGUGGUGUUUCGAUUUUUGAGGAUACAUUUUUAUGAGUCUAAGAUGAUAGUACGUUGGCAGUUGAUUUUUGGACUACUCUUAGUAGUAAUUUGUGUUACUGCAGCAAGAAAGGAAUUCAAAUCUGAUACUAGUUCAAAAUGUCCGAUGCUAACAGAAUGCCCAUUCAGAGCAGAAUCUUGUAGUGACGAUGACGAUUGCUCGCCAGAUGCAGUGUGUUGCAAGAGUCCUUGUGGCAAAGUCUGUACCAAACAGCUGUUCACAGCUCCGAAACCAUGUGCGGACCACACUUGCCGAAUGUUCUGUCCGCAUGGAUUUGCUCUCACUGAAGAAGGAUGCCCUUUGUGUCGUUGCCGCAAUCCUUGUGACGAAAUCAAUUGUCCUAAAGCUCUAGAAUGCCACCUGGAGGACCUUGCGUGUGCUGAUCCACCAUGUCCUCCCAUUCCAACAUGUAAAAGGGGGCGCAGUUUGGAAAAUAUUUGUCCUGUAGGAGAUCCUUUACGUAUAAGUGAAUCUAUUCGACCUUUCUUGUGUGGAAAUGAUGAGGGAAAACCACAGUGUCCACCUUUAUAUCAGUGCCUGGUUCAAAAAGGUAAGGUUGAGUAUUUAUUUGCUUGUGAAAUUACUUUCAUUAUAUGUGCUAUAUUAGCUGUUGAGAGCAGGAUAUUAGCCCGCUUGGAAUCAGCCGCAAGAAGUUUGGACAAACAUGGAAGGGAAUGUGAACAGCUGGAAUGUGCACAAAUUUGUGAAUAUGGCUUCAAGUUAGAUGAAGAUGGAUGUCAUACCUGUAAAUGUGACGACCCGUGUGAUGGAUACAUGUGCCCUGAAGAUGAGGAAUGUGUCAACGUUAAGGAAUCUUCAUGCACUGACUUCUUGUGCCCAUCCCUGCCAGUUUGUCGACCAAAAGCAGUAUAUGCCAAUCCCUGUGAAAGUGGAACUCCAUUAACAGAUGACUUGAGAGGUGCUCCAGUAGCAUGCGCUCUGAGAUCUGAGAAUGGAAUAGUAUGCCCACCUACCCAUGAAUGUACAGCGGUUGCAGGAUCUACGCAAGCAGUUUGCUGUCCCAUUCUUGAAGGAGAACUCGACGCCGAAGCUUCCGAAGAUUACAGUCAAAUGGAGAUGAGACCUCAAACUAUGUGUGAAUACUUACACGAAUUUUCCGAGAGCAUGGAAGGCACAAGAGAUGGCAUGACCUUGGCGUUGCCAACCCCUGCGUGUGAUAUGAACGGCAAUUACAUAGCAACACAAUGCUCCGAAGGAGAAUGUUGGUGUGUAGACAACUUUGGAACCGAAAUCCCCAGGACUAGAGCUCCAGGUAACACCUCUACGAACUGUACCGAACUUAGAGAGUCUCUGGACUGUUUGGACUUGACUUGUAGAAUGGGUUGCGAGUAUGGUUUCAUCCUCAAUGAAGAUACAAGAUGUCCUCAAUGCCAAUGCAGAGAUCCUUGCAAUACUAUUGAUUGCGGUGACGGAGAAGAGUGUCAACUAGUUGAAGUCAGCUGCAAGGAUCACUAUUGUCCGCCUGUCCCAGCAUGUUGCAGGACAUGCGAGUGUUUGGAUCCAUGCUCGAAGAUAUCCUGCAGAGGAGAAGGAGAAACAUGUCGUCUGGUUACUGUUGAAUGUGUCAACUGGCCUUGUCCAUCCGUACCAAUGUGUUUACCAAAAAAAGAAAACCCCUGUCAAAGUGGAGAACCGCUGAAACUGGGAAGCACUGAUGAAUUCGUAAACUGCGGACCUGAUUAUGAAAAUUGUCCUUCAUCUCAUAAAUGUCAACUGAGUCCUGUUGGGGAAUAUGCUGUUUGCUGCCCAAAACCAAGAGACGUCUGCUUUGAACCACUUGAUAGGGGAAAAUGCCAAGACAAUGAGGUUUCAAGAAACUUAACAAGAUAUUACUUCAACUCAAAUACAAAUAAGUGUGAACAAUUCAUCUUCAAGGGUUGUCUAGGAAAUCAUAACAAUUUCCACACUGAAAAUAUGUGCAACAUUGUUUGUCCAGUUUUGUCCCAGUGUGAGCGGCUAAGAGAAAAGAAUCAAAGAGCAGCAGUACGUUACAAGAAACCCACAUUCACUCCUAGAUGUGAGCCAAAUAUAGGUGCUUGGCAAGCUGUACAAUGUCUUGAACAUGUUGGAGUCUGUUGGUGUGUUACUCCACAAGGAGAACCUUUAAAAGGUACCCUAACAAGAGGAGCGGAACCAGAAUGCAAUUUCAGACAAGCCAGGCAUUGGGCAUCGGAUAGAUCGGAUUUCAUUUCUGAUGGGGAUCUAGUUCUGGAGGAACUGAUGAUGCAGAUCGGUUCAAUCGAUGACGUUGAUGAGCCGUCAGAUUUGAAAAUUGAAGAUGAUCUUAUGAACUGGAAAGUACCUUCUAUUGGUCGCUGUGAGUCUUUAGGAGGCCAAUGUGAUGGUGAAGGGAAGUUUUUGCCAACUCAAUGUGAGGAAGAAACGUGUUGGUGUGUGGAUGAAGCUGGAAAUCAAUUGCCAAAUACCAAUACUUUCAUGAAAGGAGAACGGUUAUGCUCUACCACUCCUAUUGAAAAGGCAGAUGUGACGCUCGGUUUUCGAGGAGAGUUUGACGAUAUUUCAGCCGUUCCUGUUGUUAAUCAGAUAACGAAAAUCAUUAAAAGUCUCAAUGGAAAUGUCAACAGUGAAGGACUCAGAGCGGAAACUACACCCGAUGCUCUUUACAUAAAAUUUGCUCUUAUUGGCAGCAAUAAGGUUGACGUAGCCUACAAAAUGGAACAGAUGGUGAGUUCCUCUAUCGGGUAUGACCCAAAAUUUCAGUCCAACCAUGAUUUACACUUGCAUAUAACUUGUAAUGUUAUUUGAAAAAUGUCUU